AUGGCUGGUUUGGAGCUGUUGUCCGACCAAGGAUACCGUCUGGAUGGACGCAAAGCCAGCGAGCUUCGCAAGGUUCAAGCCCGCAUGGGUGUGUUCGCUCAGGCCGAUGGCUCGGCGUAUUUUGAGCAAGGAAACACCAAAGCUCUAGCGGUUGUGUACGGUCCGCACGAAAUGCGAGGCUCCCGCAUUCGGACCCUCCAUGACCGGGCUGUCAUCAACUGCCAGUACAGCAUGGCCACUUUCAGCACGUCAGAGAGGAAGAGGAGACCGCACGGCGACCGCAAGUCCACUGAGAUGAGCCUCCACCUCAAACAGACAUUCGAAGCCGCUGUGAUGACGCAGCUUUACCCACGCUCUCAAAUUGACAUCUACGUCAAGAUUCUUCAGUCAGACGGAGGCAACUACAGUGUGUGCGUGAACGCUGCCACCCUGGCCGUGAUAGAUGCCGGCAUCCCCAUGCUGGACUACGUGUGCGCUUCCACCGUGGGCUUUGUCGACGAGACGCCGCUCGCCGACUUGUGCUACGCUGAAGAGAGUGGUGGCGUGAGCUCCCUGGCGCUAGCAUUGCUCCCACGUGGCGGGCAGAUUGCCUUGGUUCAGAUGGAAGCCAGGCUACAUCAGGACCACCUCGAGGCCAUGAUGGAGGCUGCCAUGACAGCUUGCAAAGGUGUGAGCAAGGUACUAGACCAGGUGGUGCGUCAACAUCUUCAAGAGGCUUCUCUGGCCACUGCAGACUGA